AUGCCAUCCUAUCUCAUCACUGGUGCUAGCCGGGGACUUGGUCUAGGUUUUGCUGUAGAGCUGCUCAAGGAGCCAGAUAGCUUUGUCGUUGUGACUGCUAGGGAUCUCAAUCGUUCGAAAGCCUUGCACGACCUCAAAGCCAGGCACCCAAGCCGUGUUCACCUUAUUCAACUCGAUGUUUUUAGUGAAGAAAGCAUAAACGAAGCUGUGAAAGAAGCAACCAGUUUGCUGCCCAAUGGACUGGAUAAUCUUAUUAGCAAUGCUGGCAUUGGUGGUGAUCCGUUCAGUUCUUGGGAAACAUUGGACAUUGACAUAACGAUGCAAGAGGUGGCAUUCAGUAUAAAAACUCAUAUCUUGGUCAUUCGAUCUUUUCAUCCUCUCGUUCUUAAAAGCCAACAAAAGAAGGUCCUUGUGCUUUCAUCAGUCUUGGGGUCAAUUGAACUGGCGCCAUCGCUUUCUGUGUCGAAUGGCUAUUCGAUUGCGAGAGCUGCCCUUAAUAUGGCUAUUCGAAAGUGGAGUGGUGUAAUGACAGAUGGUGUUAUCAUGACUCUUCUUCACCCUGGGUACGUGGGAGAAACGAAUAUUGGAAGUCCACUUUUAGAUUUCAUGAAGCAGAAUGCGCCGCAUAUCCCAGUCAUCACUGUCGAGCAAUCCGCCGUAGGGAGCAUGAAGGUAUUAAAGGGACUUGCACACAAAGAUCAUGGAGCAUUCUACAGCUACGAUGGAACAAAGCUGCCAUUUUAG